AUGGCAGAGACUGCGGUCCUUCCUCUAGCACAGAAACUAGGUGCUCUAUCAACCGAUGAAGCAAAGUAUCUCUCACAGUUGAAGCCAGAAGUGGAGUCACUCUACACACAACUCCACAUGAUGAAAGCUUCUUUGAAGGAUGCAGAUGCAAUACUGUACAAAAGCGAGCGGGCUAAAGAGUGGGUAAAACAACUCAGAGAGUUGGCGUUCCAGGCAGAAGAUGCCAUCGACAUGUUUGUAUACAAAGUGGCAGCACAGAAUCAGCCGGAUAACAUUGUUCAGAAAAUCAUCAAGUUCCUAAAACUUCUUAUUGAUUCUCAUCAGCUAAGAGUAAACAUUGAAGAUAUCAAAGGAAAGCUCAAAAGGCUUUUCGAUGAAAGAACAAGUUUUGAUAUCAAGGCUUUAGGGUUGUUUGAUAUUAAGCCACCCCCUUUAGUAUCUACUCAAGCACAUCAACCUGAGCCUAUCGGUAUCGUCGGCUUUGAUACCGAAGCAGAAGAGCUUGCGAACUUGCUGAUGGAAAAAGAGCCCCUUAAACCUUUCGGUGUUGUCUCAAUUACCGGCAUGGGUGGAUUAGGAAAAUCUACCCUUGCUAGAAAAGUCUUCAAUAGAGAUGAUGUGAAAAGAUAUCUUUACAAAUACCAUAAGGAGUCAUGUUCCACAGAGCUUUUCCUUUACAAAGUAAUAACACCUGAGAAGAAGAAGAAGAAGAUGAUGGUGGCUUUAUGCGAGAAGUCGCAAUUGAUUAUGAUUCAAACCCGAAAUGAUUUCAAUUUGUGGUUUGCCAUUUUUUCUUCUCACGAGGAAAUGCUUGAACCUUAA